AUGGCUGGGAAAAUGUUUCCUUUCACCUACCAAAUACGGUCCUAUAUCAAGAACCGCUUUAUUCUUGGUAUACAGGCGAAAGACAUAUUUAAUGAAAUAUGUCGUGUUUAUGGGAACAAUGAACUUUCUUUUUCAUCUGUCACACGGUGGUGUAAGAAAUUUAAAAGUGGUGUAGAUUCAGUAAAAGACGCGCCUCGUGCAAGCCGUCCGAAAACUGCAACUUCGCCAAAAAUAGUUGAAAAAGUAAAGGAUUUGAUUGCUACUGAUGCAAGAUUUACAACUAGGCAUAUAGCUAAAUUCGUUGGUAUCUCAGUAGGAUCUGCUCGUACAAUUCUCAGACAUGAUUUACAAAUGAGAAGGAUAAGUGCCAGAUGGAUACCCCUUCUCCUUACAAAAGAGCAAACACUUGCUCGGGUAAGAAUCGCCAAACAAUUUUUGAAACAGUUACCUAAAUACAACAAUCGAUCUUUCGGAAAUAUCAUCAGUGGUGAUGAGACGUGGGUUCACUUUUAUGAGCCAAGCGAAAGAUACAGAACAAAAUAUGGGCAACCAAAGGAAGCCAAAGACCUUGCAUAG